AUGGAAACUAGUGCUACCUUUCAAAUAGUUCAUGCUAAAUCACAGAAGGUUCUUGAUAUCUAUGCCGGCGGUAAACAUUCGGAAGCUAAUGUUACAAUUUACGAGGCACACCAUGGUCAAAAUCAACGCUGGGGUAUCUUUAACAAUGAAGACGGCACCGUUCAAAUAAUUAAUCCAAUCAGUGGUAAAGCCUUGGAUGUUAACAGAGGCGACACGGCUAAUACUCCUGCUGGCACUAACGUUCAAAUCUAUGAUGUCAAUGGUUCAAAUGCUCAAAAAUGGCGAAUUAAACCUAUCGAACGUGGAUUAUGCAAGCUGCUUCAUGCAUGUUCUGGUAUGGCAUUAAAUGUAAAAGAUGGCGGAGUAUCAAAUGCAACAAACGUCGAAGUCUGGCGCGAAAAUGACUCAGACGCUCAGAAAUGGGAAAUUCGUCGAAUCAACUAA